CUGACAGGAGAGCUUCACUAGGCUGACAAACUGUAACAAAGCUGUCGGGCAGUUACCGCAGUGGAAUGGACGAGAGUGCAGACGGACCCGAAUGGCCCCGCCGUGAGACGUUUGGGCGAGCUGCAUGUUGACCGUUAUUCAACGUUCAGCAGUACCCAUGCCUCCAGAUGAGACGGGGUUGAGCGAUGGAAGGCAAUAUGAUCCUCUGUUUCACCUUGGUACGCCGAGAUGACAAGACCGGAGCCCGAAAGAGCUCUUCAGACGACUCUGGAGGAACAACAUGGAGGUGGUUGUGGAGCAUGUAUUACCAUAUCUUGCUUACUGUCAUUCGCUCGUCAAAAAGUGUUCUACGGCUUGACGCGUUGGAGGUUCGAUUCCUUCAUGGGCACAGAUGGUUUCCGCAAGGACUCUUCAUUAUGUGCUGGGGUUCAACACCCACCCUCAGUCUGGAGAUCUCAGACCUUCCCUCUCCCACGCAGGUGUACGCAUUGCGGGUCCUUCGUGUGGGUUGAGACUGAGUUCGACGUGCUUUGGCUACUGUGGGACUUUGCGGAAGGUUACAUUUUAGCAUAUGCCCGAUGGCGCUCUAGGUAACUGCGAGGCCAACUCCUACAGUCUGCUUGCACGAGGUUUCAAUUCCUGGGGUUCGAAUCCCCUUAUU